AUGUUGUCCUACACAACCAUCCAAGAGGCUGAAGCCGCCUUGGGACGGCCCCUCACGGCGGCGGAAACCUUAUGGUUCAACUACACCGCCACCAGAUCAGACUACUUCCUCUACUGCCAUAACAUACUUUUCCUCUUUCUCAUUUUCUCCAUUUUCCCCUACUACUAUCUCUUCCUCGAAUUCUUCUUCAGUAACUCAAUUAAGCCUUACAAAAUCCAGCCCAAAGUCAAGCUCUCCUUCUCUGACUCCAUUCGCUGUUACAAAUCUGUCAUGCGCGUGUUCUUCCUCGUUGUGGGUCCCCUCCAACUCAUCUCCUAUCCGUCUGUUAAGAUGAUAGGGAUUAGGACGAGCUUGCCAUUACCUUCUAUGUGGGAAAUCGUAGCACAAUUGGGGGUGUAUUUUAUCAUAGAGGACUAUACAAACUAUUGGAUCCAUAGAUUUCUGCAUUGCAAGUGGGGAUAUGAGAAGAUUCACAAGGUGCAUCAUGAAUACACAGCUCCAGUUGGAUUUGCAGCACCUUAUGCGCAUUGGGUGGAGAUUUUGAUCCUCGGGAUUCCCUCGUUUCUUGGGCCCGCCAUCGCCCCGGGGCACAUGAUAACCUUCUGGAUGUGGAUUGGACUGAGGCAAAUUGAGGCUAUUGAGACUCACAGUGGGUACGACUUUCCUUGGACUCCAACAAAAUACAUUCCAUUUUACGGUGGCGCAGAUUACCAUGAUUACCAUCAUUAUGUUGGCGGACAAAGCCAGAGUAAUUUUGCUUCAGUAUUCACCUAUUGCGAUUAUAUUUAUGGGACUGACAAGGGAUUCCGCUAUCAAAAGAAGGUCCUCCGGCAGUUGCGGGAGGGACUGAUUAACAAUCAAGAAGAAACCCGAGUUUUGCACAACAUAACUGCCAAAGAUCAUAAACUUGACUAG